CUUGCAGCUGUAGCUCCUCCCAAAAUUUUGGCGCAAGUACAUUCCGCAAGACUGGUUUAUGAAGAGGCCCUUAAAGCUGGAUUUGUGAAUGUUUAUCGCGGUCGCAUAGUAUUGGUUGGCCAGGAUCGUGCCGGUAAAACAAGUUUAAAGAAGACUCUCUUGGGUCUUCCAUUUGACUUCAAGGAACAGAGUACGGGCGGGAUUGAAAUUGAGCCAUCAAAGUUCGAAAUUGAAGUUGAGCAAAUUAAGAACUGGACUCCUAGUUGUGCGAACAAGUCAAGUUUGUCUGAUGGUUUGGAAUAUAAAACCUUUAUGGCAAAAUUGUUAGCGACAGGAAGGUAUCACAUGAUUGUUCGUGAUGACAAGGAAGACUCGGAAAUGAAAUCAGUAGGGGCACAGCCUGAGGAAGAACGCAGAGUGGAGUCAGGAGAGGAAUUGCACACAAAACAUGUUGUCGCCGAUGAGGUCCGUUUAUUAUGUUUUUACACAGAAACCCGACUUUUUUAUGAAUGAUCUUGAACGAAUUCACACAUUUAAUGCUCAUUUGAUUGUUUUGAAAUGACGAGAUAGAUCGACAUCUACUGUGCAAAUGAAGAUGCAUGAAUGGUAUUGAUAUUUCGUCUUAUUUCAAAAUUUUAGGUUUCCGUGUACAAGGAUUCGGCCACUAAGUUUCCAGAUAGAUCCGGGUCAUCAAGCCAAUUUCAUGAAGGAGAUAAUCUGAGUACAAAGUCCAAAAUGGCCAUCAACGCCAGUGUAUUUCCUAAUUCCGUUGAAAAACAGGCUGAUGAACACCUAAAGAACAUGAUCGUCGAAGGUGUGGAUGCUGAUAGUGCAUACAUCGAGAAAGGAUCUUCGAUAACCGCAGAUGUGUGGGAUUUUGCUGGUCAACAUGUGUACUAUGCUGCUCACUCGGUAUUUCUUUCUUCAAGAGCUGUGUACAUCGUAGUUCACAACCUUAGCAAGCCACUGAAUGCCCUAGCUCAACCAUGUGCCAGACAGGGGACUCAUGAUGUAACAUUAGAGAACCCGAACAAUGAGACAAAUCUAGAGAAUUUGCUGUCGUGGCUCGUGACAGUUCAUAAUAUGAGACCAACUGGAGAAGAAAUGGUUGAAACGCCUAACGUGCUUCCCUAUCUCCGACCUCCAGUGUUUAUCGUCGGCACCCAUGCUGACAAGCCAUAUGAAGAUACUAAGGAUGUUACAUCCAAGAUAAUUCGUGAGAUUUCCAGUAAGGAAUAUGGAAAACAUGUGAUCCGACCAUUCUUCUACAUUGAUAACACUCAAAGAGACAAAUCAUUCGCGCGGAAAUUAUGGAAUUUCUUUAAAUUUCAAAGAAAUGCUCAAGCAGGUAAAUCAUGUGUUUCGGUUUAACAUGAUGUGUUGAUGAAUUUGGGUUUACUUUGAUUUCUAUCGCGAACAGACAAACUUAUCGUUAGAUAAAGUUGAUUGGAUUCACUGGAGACUUACCGGUUGCUUUUCCACAUCUUAUUGCUAGCAUCCGUUUGUCCCAAUCUGGAUAUUUAUCUACUUUUGAUGUUGGUACCUUGUUAGUGCUUCGGCUAUUCUUUUUAGUAUGUAUUUCCUCUAUUUUCUUUUGUUGCUGUUAACCUAGAUUGCAUAUGUAAAUACUAUUGCGAAUGCUUUCGCUGACCAAAUUAUCUUCAACUAGUGAAAUUUAUAAUACAUUGCAAAGAUAGUGACUCAAAGUGCUGCAGCAGAAAUAGACCUUUCCGAAUUCGAACUGGGGAUCAUGGUCUUAGUUUCCAUCACACUCGUAUCGAAAGUCCAAGGAGAAAUCUCUACCCCACCGUGGCUUCUCUCAACAGCACUAAUUGUUUCACACAAUUUCUAAUUGAAAGGUCAAGAAGGAGAAAAUGAUGGCACUAGUGCCGAUGGAAUUCAUGCUCUUCGAGCGAGAAUCCUGGAAGUACUUCGACAGGAACCUUAUAUGGGAGAGAAGAUACCAGUGAGGUGAAGUACUGAUGUAUAAUAGUAUAAGCACAAGAGAUGUUCAGCUUAUUUUUUUUCUAACAAUAGCUGUACUGAAACGUACGAGUGGCGUUCACAGCCGGUUCCGCUGCUUGUCGAGUUCGCUACGUUCGAGUUUGCUACAUGUUUGCUACUUACAUGCCGAUUCGCUACUUCAUCCUACCAUUCUAUGCUCACACUAUGAGCAUAAUUUACCAAAUCCCGCAAACGAUUUACGGGAACUUUUGUGGCUCAUACUUGAAGAAACUUCUUUCAAGUUCAACGAAAGAUUAUUCAUACAAACACAUGGCAUCGCCAUGGGAACUAACACACCAGUUGCUUUAUCUGUUACUUUAUGGCAAACCUAGAAAAACGACUGUUAAUGACUAGCCCCUCUAACCUUUGGUCUAGAACAGAUUUAUUGAUGAAAUUUUUUCAUUGUGUGACAUUUCUAUGAAAUAAGCUUACAAUUUUGUUGACCUCGCCAAUUCGUUCCACCCCACAGUCAGGUUUACUGUGAAACGUAACCUCGCAACAAUCAAAAAAAUCAACGAGGCGGUGAAAAGCAAACUAGAAAGAAAUUUGCAUAUGAUCAGUUUAAAUGACUCCUAAAAACGUCAAUCACGCAAUUGGGAGUAUAAAUUACAGAUAUUGCUUGUUGUUUAUUGUUAAAAGAGAAAUUAAAAAUCUUAAUUGACAGAGGCAGCGAAUUCGGCAUGUUAUCAAGGCAUAUUCUAAAGUUACAUUUAGAAAUUUCCAAACUUUGCCACAUGCAAUUUGCUAUCUGAUGUAUACCUUUUUGUAAGUUAGGACUGAUUAUAAUUUUUUUUUUAUAUGUCUAGAUGGUUUCACUUCGAAAAGGUCAUUAAAGCUUUAGUAGCAAAGAAUGUAUACCACACAAAUACUGUCCAUCUUCAAACCUAUGCCAAGGAUGUCUGUUUCAUAGAAGACGAUGAACAGUUUUACACCAUGUUGAAUUUCUAUCACAACUUAGGAAUAAUUGUGAAACAUCGCAGUACAGUCAUUCUGAAGGCGCAGUGGUUAAUCAGUCUAUUCAAGAAGCUUAUAACCAUCCCAGCAUUCAAAAAAGCGGUAGGAAAAAAUAAUCUACUAUGCAUCGAGAUGAUUACAGAUAGCAGGACUUGUUACCUUCCUCCCACUUGCGCUUUACGAAAAAAUGUUAAUUUGAUUGUCUGUUUGUUUGUUCGUUUUUUCACGUUGUUGGCACCUUUUAAGACAUUUUGAGUUUUCUCUCUAACUUUCAUUUAUCUUCCCCUCUCCCCCAUUUUAAUAUUGCCUGAUAUCAGCAAUAUGGUCCCUAUUAUAAUGCGACAUUGUUUGGGGGGUGGGAAGGUAAGGGCGACAUUAACUAACUAAUUAGAAAUGAAUUACAAGAUUUUUUUAAUCAUGUUGAGUGGACGUAUGCUGUCCGCCCACUAAGAGAUGGCGAGCUAACUACUUUGCCCACUCAUUGUACCCUUAGUAAUGGGGAAAGGGGAGAUGUUUUUGGUCCACUACAAAAUAAAACGGGCAUUUUUAAAGAACAAUUGGUAGAUUGAACUUACUUUAAAUAGGGAAUUUGUGGUUUCAGGAUCCUGUGCAUUCCAAGUUCUGGCUGGAACUCGAGAGAAGUGGCGUCCUUAGGAUGGAGCUUGUUGAUCACGUUUUCUCCCCUCUUGUUAAGCAAGGCGUUAACAAGGAAGACAUCUUGGACAUGAUGGAGCAGUUCUGUUUGAUUGCCAAAUACUCACCAUCUCCGGCUGACGUUCAGUACUUUGUGCCAUGUCAACUGACGUCCUCGCCUGAAGAGCUUUGUAAAUUCGAGCCAUCAUCUACGGAUCCUUGUCCUUUGUAUCUUCAUUUCCAAGAAGGCUUUGUCCCGCAUGGUCUUUUUACUCGCCUUGUUUCAAAAUCGGUUGCUUGGUGUGGUACAAGUGGAUCAUCACAGCCUCCAAAACUCUACCAGAAUGGUGCAUGGUUCGUUCUUGAAGGACGCGUCAUUAAUGAUAUGAUUAUGAUUUGCAAGAAGAAGUUCAUAAAAAUCCUCUUGAGGCAAAGAAUGAAAAGUGAAGCAGUUCCAGCGUCUAAUUCAACUUUGGCAGAGGUUGCUAGAAGUGUGCGAUUGUUUAUAGAGAGCAGUUUAGAAACGAUGUCACAGGAGUUCCCAUACUUGAGCAGGAUGCAGCAUGAAUUUUGUGUUGAAUGCCCUUACUGUCAGCAAGGAGGUCGCAAGUGCACAAACCACAACCAAUCGUCCUGUACAGAAGAAGACUGCUUACACCUGCUUGAAUUAAGACAAGGUCAGGAUUUGAUCUGUAUGGAAAGCAUGUCUAAUAAAGUACUUACAGUUCCUGGACAAGAAAAAUGGUUGCUGAACCAGGUAUGAAGCAUUCUUGGUAUAUCUUUAUAAGUAGUAACGGAAACCAAUUAAGAAGAAAUUAUGAUAGCUGUUAUGAUAAAGUUGUGCGAUGGCAGUCGUAUGAAUCGGAAUACCCAAUUUAAAAAAUAUUUGUACAGAUUGAGAUAUGAUAGUGUCAUAGAUCCUAAAGUGAUUCAGCAAUGGAAAUACUGUAUGAAGUUGUAUGUUUUGCAAUUGCGUAACUAACUUUUUGGGUGAUUCAAGACAUGUUUGAACGCAUUCAACCAGUCCGUUUCGUUCUGUCUGGUUUAUACUUUCGUGAAGGGAAAGAAGAAGACAAGUUUUCUUUAACAAAAGUAGUUUUUUUCAGUUAAACGAUUUUUAUAUAUCGUACUUGGAAAAUGACAUACUUUUCCUUUAUAAUGAUGUUUUGAUGUCAUCAUCCAAAAGGAUUUGGCUCCGUCAGUGACAAGAACCUCACAAGUUGCAUCAGUUCGUGGUCACCCAGCAAAGUGCGACAAAACUUUGAAAGUUACUCUUCUGGCCAGUGAGUGGAAUUCAUCAAGGGGGGGUUUGUCCACCAUCAACAGACACCUUGCCAUCCUUAUGGCCAAACGUAGCGAGGUGGAAGUCACUCUCUUGGUCCCACAAUUUGCUUGUUCUGAAGAAGAGAAGAGAACAGCAGAAAGUCACAAGAUUGUCAUCAAAGAAGCAGAGAGAUGUCCAGGCUAUGACCCUCUUGACUGGUUGAGCUUCCCUCCGGAAGACCUGAUAAUUGACGUGGUGGUGGGUCAUGGAGCCAAGUUAGGUAAGCAAGCCCAAAUCAUCAGGAAGUACCAUAAUUGCCAGUGGGUACAAGUAGUGCAUACUGCGCCUGAAGAGCUCGGAAUGUUCAAAAACUAUCCGAGAGCCAUAGCCAGAGGAGAAGAGAAGACUACAGCCGAAGUAGAUUUGUGUAAAUUGGCAAAUCUAGUUGUAGCGGUAGGACCCAAGUUGACGGAGGCCUACUCUGCCUAUCUUCGCUCAUGUGAGAAGCAGCAAGAUAUUAUGUCGCUCACUCCUGGCACAUUCAAAGAGUUUUCUACUCUAAACCAAGCCUCAGUUGACUCUGAAAAGUUUAGGGUGUUGACCUUUGGUCGUGGUGACCCUGAGGACUUUGGUCUGAAAGGGUAUGAUAUCGCUGCCAAAGCAAUAGUUGAGCUGAAAGAAAACUCCUACCAUUUGAUCUUUGUGGGUGCACCUGAUGACAAGCAGGAGGCAGUUACGGAAAAUUUGUUGCAGAAUGGUAUUUCUAAACGUCAGCUGACAGUGAGAAAGUUUUUGCAAAGCAAAGAGAAAUUGAAAGAUUGUUUUUGUGAAGUUGAUCUCUGUAUCAUGCCAUCCCGCACGGAAGGGUUCGGCUUAACCGCGUUGGAAGCCUUGUCAGCUGGUCUUCCCAUUCUUGUAAGUGGAAACUCGGGUUUCGGAGACGCUCUGCGUUCUGUACCAUCCGGCAAAUCUUUUGUGGUUGAUUCUGAGGACCCCAAGGUGUGGGCUGAGGCAAUUGCUGUUGUCCGAAAGAAGAAGAGACCAGAGCGUCUUAAAGAGAUUGAACGACUGAGAGCAUCUUAUGAGGAGCAGUUCAGCUGGAAGAAACAAUGUGACCUUCUUGUUGAUAAGAUGUGGGACAAAGUUGAUGGCGCAGGUAUGUUGAUGAUUUUUCUAUUUCUUUCCGUAGACUUGUCUUUGGUUGUGGUAUUCCAAAUUUAUCCUGUCAUUGACGUGAAUACAUCUUGUACCUCGAAAUAGGUUUUUAAAAUAUAAUAUGAAAGAGAAUUUUUAAAUGUUUGUGUAAAUCACCAAUGUUCGCCAAAAAGGAAAUGGUUUGUACAAACUGAUAAGAGUGAAAUAGGAAAAAGCAAAAGAAAUGAACCUCUAAAACCACUUUUACCCAUCCCAAGUUUCAUGAUCUUUUUUUAUAUGAGUGUAUUCCAAAAAGUUAAUGCUUUAGUGGGACAAAUAUAACAUUUUGUCAUAAGGUCAGGUUAAAAGUUAUCUGCUCCAGUUAUUUACAAGCAGUUAUUGCUUUCCUUGCGACAUAAUUGUUUUUUGACGAAAAGAAAACGUAGCAAUGUAGAAUGUUAACUGGCAAGUCUAGAAUAUUACCUGCGACGUUUUAUCCCAAUACUGUUUCUCAUUCUCAAAUCAAAAGACAAUGUUUGGUAAAUAUAUAUCAAGUUAUUGGGCUGUCUUCCGAAGGACUUGACUGAGAGCUCCUCGUACUUUUUAAUUUUAAAGUCUUCUCUUGUAGCUGGAAAAAGAGCAAUUUGUGUUCUCAUGAACACGUUCAUUUGAGGGUAGCACCCUCCAUAAAACCGAAAUCAGAGUACCCGAUUGGAUCAGUGUCCCUCUCAGCCCUGAUUUGGGCGGAUAUUUCUUCACUAGCAGUGAGUUCGGGCCGAGUCAGAUCAUAUACAAGUUUGACGCAGCUUGUCAUGACGAUAUCGAGAGAGUUCUCAGUGGGUUAAAAAUAUUCAUGGCAAACUGAAAAUUCUGUCUUUAACGAAAUUUUUUUCUCUGUCAUAACUGAAACGUUCUCUUCCAUAUACAUUGUUUAAUUCAAGGAAAUACACAUAAAAUUAUUUUGCUUCAAGGGCUGCUUGAACGAACCCUCCAGAAUCUUCAACGGAUGCAACUCUGUGCGAGCACGGUCAACAACAACACUUCCUUGACAGAGGAGUUAUCGAGGAUUGUAUCAGAUAAGGGCUUCAGAAUUUCUGACAAUCAAGGGUCAGGAAACUGCAUGUUCCAUGCCUUGUCUGAACAACUAGAAACUGUCAAAGGAAUCAAAAUCCAACAUGGCCAGUUAAGACAGUCUUUAGUUCAGUACCUGAGGGAAAACCCAAAACUGGUGAGUUUCUGUAAUUCUCAUAUAUAAAAAGAACUAGAGCUUGAUCAGUAGUUUUGGCCACUGUGUUUAUUUCUCUCUCCGUCACAUGAAGUGCUACUCGUCCUUGCUAGGACACUAGUCCCUUUCACACCAGAUUUCUUCAAGCAUUUUUUGAGGUUGGCCUAUCAAUUGUUAAACAAUUUUUCCACCCGUGGAGAGAGGCACUUUGACAGUGAGGUGUCUUCUCCUGAAGCACGAUAACAAAGUCACCCGAAAUAAGAUUGUGUCAAAAGCUCUUAUGGUGGAUUUCAGUCUCAAGCGGUAGGCAACGUAGUCUCUGCUGACUUUCUCAACUAAUUCAAAUGGACUCUCUGGUAGAGUGUUGUACUUAGUUAUGUAAGUCGCACGUUUCGAAAAAUAUUCCUUUCAGAAUCAAUUCAACAUCAGUGAGCUACCGUCAGUUUAGCUCGGCUCUGAAUAAAGCGAAAUGAUUUUUGAAGUCCUUCUUACUAGUCUAAAAGAUGUUCUUCUUACACAGAAUGUUUUGGUUUUCUCUAUUUAUUAACUUAGUUUACAUUUUACUCGCAUAGUUCCAUUUGUUUAAAUUCUCAUUUCUUAGAGGUGUGUUGGUACCUAUGAACGGCUCAAUGUGUAAUUGCAAUAUGUUCAUGGCGAGUCUGUCUGUUACCGAAUGGGUCAGCGAUCAUAUUGAGACGCAACCGCCGUUGCCUAUUUAGAUUCUUGUGGUGGGACAGUGAGGUGAUGUUUGUUUUAGCUUUUGCUGUUUGCCCACCGCGUUGAAAGCGUUAAAAAAGUAAUCACUGACGUUUCCACUGUAAAGAAGCUGUUUUCUCUGGAGAUUUCCUUGAAUUGUGCUCGGCCCUGUUUAAAAAGCUAUUUGAUUUUAAGUGUUAAUGGCUGUCUCUUCUUACAGCCGGAUGGAACAGAUCUGUGUCACUUUGUCCAUGGCCAUGAAACAUGGGCUGAUUACUUAACAUACAUGGAAAAAGAUGGCACUUGGGGUGAUCACCUCAUUCUCUGUGCAGCAGCAAAUCUCUUUAAAACGUGCAUUCAUGUAGUCAGCAGUCUACACAAUGAUGUAGACAUCACGCCGCAUGGUCCUGUUGAUGAAAGCAAGCCAUUAGUACUGGGACAUAUUCAUGAGGUACACUAUGUCAGUCUUCAACCCAUACAAGGUAAGAAGGGAAAAGCCCACGUCACGUGCCUUUCAAUUUGA